UUGAAAUUUGCCGGUUUUGAAUUUGACCUUUCUUUUGUAACGCUUGAAGAAGAAUUGUUAAAUAAAUUUUUUAAAGAAGAGAAUUCUUUAACUGUGAAACAAUUGGAUGAAGUUAUUGAAAAGUUUAGGGAGGAAAUGCCAAAUAUUUAUUUUGAAGCCAAUAAUGAAACGAUAAUUAGGUUGAGGUUAAAUACACUUUUAGGAAUGAUUUAUGCACUUUCUGGUAGUUUUUUUGUGAAUUUGAAUAAGAUAAAAAAGGACUUUUCUUUAGGAGUACGAUCAACUUUACGUUUUGUUGAAUUGCUUGAUAAAAAUAUAAAUAAAUUUCGACUAGCAUAUAUUACAGUAAAAUUGUGGGCAAAAAGUAAGAAUAAUUAUUUAUUAUGA